CCAAUGCAGCAGAACAAGUUUAAACGUGUGCCCUUCUAGCGAAGCAAAAGACGGGAGCCAUUUCUAAAUACUCUCGGAUAUUUUUUGACAGCUGGCCGCUGCUGGGAAAGCAGGAGUGUUGAUUUUAUUUUUACGACCAAGAAUAUCGGGAAUUUAACGAUCAAAUUCAUUAAACAUCAGACGAGGCACCCAUAAGUGGGCCGACGGCGACGACAAAUCGAAUAAGGUCAAAACAAGACUACAAUAUCAUUUUUUCUCCCAGCUCAAAGUGGAAGCUCUUAAGUUAAACGUUACUAUACUCCGUUUUGUGUGUUGUACCCAAGUGAUAUUAUUUUUGCGGGUGGGCGAAGUGGAAAAAGCAAGUUUGUGUCCUACCUUAAACAUGGAUGUGUGUGAGUGUAUCUAUGCAAGCCGUAUUUUGCAGUUUGAAAAGUGAAGAAAAAGUUAUCUAAAAGCCAGAUCUCCAGAGUAGAAAGUUGGGGUUAUACAGAGUGUCCAAAAGUGGAAGAGUUUCUCGAGUUAAGUGCAUUCUGAAAGUGGAAAACCGAAUAGAAAGUAAAGCUUGCCCAGAGCAGCAAGAGUGUACAACUGGGAAGUUUGGUUGUGUUCCGUUUGUGUGCGUGUGGCUCUGUUUGUGUUAUUCUCUGGGAAUAGUACCAGCUGGAGACGUCCAGGGGUCGUUGUUGGUGCUGUUGCUGGAGUGUUGUCGCUGCCACAGUUCACAGUGGUGAGCAAUAUCCUGUAAGAGAUCCUGCUGCAGCUGGGCUGGACUACGACAGCGAAUAUAGCAUCGAUUUUAAAGUACAAACCACAAAGUGUUUAUCAUUGCUCACGCCCACCAGCAGUAGUGGAUAUCAGGAGAGUGUUUCGCUCCUGGCGGCCGUGCUAGGUCGUUCGCUGGCGAAAAUCCAUCAGUCGCAUCAAAUACUACACCAGACGCCACAUAGGGCGGAGCAGAAAGGAUGCAGCGAACGUUCGGACUAUCGCCAGCCAGCCGCGCCGGAGUGUACGAUGGUAAGAUAGCUGGCCUAUACGACCUGGAGGAAACGCUCGGCUCGGGACACUUUGCGGUGGUGAAGCUGGCGCGGCAUGUCUUCACCGGCGAGAAGGUGGCCGUCAAGGUGAUAGACAAAACCAAACUGGACGAAAUCUCGCGGGCCCAUCUGUUCCAGGAAGUGCGGUGUAUGAAGCUCGUUCAGCACCCGAAUGUGGUGCGGCUGUACGAGGUCAUCGACACUCAGACCAAACUGUAUCUGAUAUUGGAGCUGGGCGAUGGGGGAGAUCUGUACGAUUACAUCAUGCGCCACGACAAGGGCCUGUCGGAGAAUGUGGCACGGGAGUACUUCCGUCAGAUUGUGCGGGCCAUCUCGUACUGCCAUCAGUUGCAUGUCGUGCAUAGGGACUUAAAACCAGAAAAUGUAGUAUUUUUCGAAAAGUUAGGAGUGGUAAAAUUGACUGAUUUUGGAUUUAGUAAUAAGUUCUGUCCGGGCCAAAAGCUGGAAACAUCCUGCGGCAGUUUAGCGUACUCGGCGCCGGAAAUUCUGCUCGGCGAUUCGUAUGACGCACCGGCAGUCGACGUCUGGUCACUGGGUGUCAUUUUGUUCAUGCUCGUGUGCGGCCACCCACCGUUCCAGGAGGCAAACGACUCCGAAACGCUCACAAUGAUUAUGGACUGCAAGUACACGAUGCCGGAUCACGUGUCCGAGGGCUGUCGAAGACUCAUCGGUAACAUGUUGGUGCGGGAGCCGGAGAAACGUGCCACCCUGCAGCAGAUUGCCCAGAACGAGUGGCUGCUCGAGGGAAGCACCGAGGAAACACCCGAGUACCUGCCGCUCGUAAGCCGGGAGCAAGUGAGCGAAGAAGAUCAUUCGUUGAUCAUUCAGAAAAUGAUCAACGGCAAAAUAGCCACCAAAGAGGAAGUUUUAGAGGCUCUAGAUCGUAACGAAUAUAACCACAUAACGGCGACAUAUUUUCUGCUGGCUGAGCGAAAAUUGCGCGCCCAUCGGCAGGAGGAAGCGCAAAAGCGGAAACCGGAGCUCACGUUACCGGUGUCCAACUCGACAAGACUGCAAGGUUUUAAGAAAAAUUCCGAGGACGACCCCAAAGAGGACGGUUUACUGCCACAGAAGCUCGGAAUGCUCCUGAGCGUGCCGCGUACACCGGGUACAGAAUCUGGACAGACUGGUCGCAGCCGGAAGUGCAGUAUCGUACAGGAGGAAGAGGACGAUGAGGACGACGUUACUGGUGCUGGUCACGAGGAGCUGUCGACCCCGUUGAACCGCCGGGGUUCCCGAUCGGAGGGCCGGCUCAACAUUACCGUACAGGAUCGGAUAGCGGAAUCCGAACGACUGAAGGUGGACGCAAAAAAGCAAGCGGAAGCCAAUGAGAAGGAAUUGCAACAGCAGCAGGAGCAGGAGCAGGAAGCGAAGGAAAACUCCGCUUCGGCAGUACAGAGCGCAUUCGAAGGAAUCGGGAAUGUGACGUUGAUUACGAGUGAAAAUAGUUGUACCAAAGAUAGGCUCGGAAUAGCUGGUGGUGGAUUACAUCGGAAGGUUCCGGAGAUCAAGAGGGGGUUGGAUUUUUCCAAGAAAACAUCCGUCCUCAAACCCCAGGGGAACGUUAGAGGCGGUUCGUUUGAUAAAUGCAUUGCCAGUAUUGAGGAUUCGGAGUUGGUCCGUACGAAGAUCAUCACCGGUAGUGCGACCAUAACAACUCCGUUGACAAUUAAUAUUGAAAAUGCUUCGAAUAUUCCCAAAUACAAGACGAUGCCAUCGCCAACGCGGGUACAUACCAUCCUAAAUUCGAACACUAAUUGUUUGAAUGAAAUUUUUGAAGAAGGAACUGAUGUUGGGAGUUCGGAUAGUACAACGACAACUCCUCGACCGGUGGUGAGGAAUCAGUUCAACGUCCGAACCCAAAGUCAAGGUGGAAAUGGCAACAAUGUCCAUCGACGGACAAAGUUCAACAAAUCUCGGACGGCUUCCUGCAGUAGUUCGGACGCUUCGGAUGACGAUUCGGAAAAUAGGAAAAAGCGAGCGCACAAAAUCGUCGAUUCCACUGUGAAACCACAGACCCAACGUCGUGAUUCUCAUGAUGAUUCAAGCGAUUCACAAGAUCCGGGCAAUGCUGCAGCACCUUCCGGCAACCAGGCCGGAUCUUGCGUAAGAGCCAUCAUGAGUGGAGCUACGAAUAACACUUCUAAUAACGAUAGCAGUAACCAAACAGUCACGGAGAAGCGAAACUCCGGCAACGGUAACCGUCAGAAAUCCUCCCAACAGGUUGAUUUCCGUCGACACCGAGGUCGGAGGAGACCCGUGGAGACGCGACUUCGUGAGAGUCAAUCCCUAAAUCGGAUAACCGAAGUACAGGAAUCCGAGACAUCCCAUUCGGCCGCUGCAGCAGCUGCUGCUGCCGCGGCUGCCGGUGCCAUAUCAUCUACCGUGCCAACAGAAAUUCCCGAUGGGGAGAAGCCAAGCCAAAACACCGCCACCACCAUCACCACCACCUCUAGUCAGGAGGAUAAUGGUUCCUUCGACGAGUCUAGCAAUAACAGCAGUCAUCCAGCGGAAUGCGGGAAUAGUCAAACGGCCACCUCCAACACCGGCAGCAGUACUUGUGCUGCUGGUAGCACCCAUCCUAGCAAACCGAAAGGGUUCAGCGCGCGGAUAUUCCACACCUUCAAGAAGCAGCAUCACCACCAGCAACCGUCGUCGAAUAGUUCAACACCGAGUGUGGAUGCCCCGGUUGAGGUCAAAAAUGGUAUGGCGGUUCCUCCCUCGGGCGAUGACAUCGAGAUUGUGGUAGAGCUCACCAAAGCACUGAACGCGUCGGAGAGCAGUGGCAAAAGCACGAAGAAGAUUAAAAUUCUCGGACGAUAUUUUCAGGUUCACAAAAAGAUCUACGUUCCGCUGUCCGGUCUGUUCCAGCGAGGUCGCCUCUACAAAGCCCAAUCAUGCGGGUCGAUCGUGCGGGAUAAGAUCAAUGUGAAUCCGAACGGCAGCGGUGGGGCACGUGGCGGCGGAGCCAACUCCAACGCACGCCAUUCGACCAUCUUCAACGAGAAGAAUCGCUUCAUCAAAAAUUGUCUGAGCGGUUCCCGGUUGCUCGGCAGCGAUGGGGACAUCAACCACAAUGGCAACAGUUUUAUCGCCCUACCGUCCGGUGCCAACACGGCCAUGUCCAACGGGAGUAUGUCGCCGGCGGAGCUGGUUGUGGCCACCGGUGGUGCUACCAGCCCAGUCUGCGGACUGGCAACUGGCGGAGCCGGACCCACUGCUUCAGUGCCAAUCAAAACCGCGUAGUAAAUGUAGUACGGAGUCGAAUAUCUCAUAUUAAGUACCUUGGCUGUUGAUUAGGGAAAUUAGCACGAGUUCUGCGCACCGGUUCACUCGCUCAUCGUCAUCGUUUUAUCAUCAUCCACUAGCGCUUCCAUUUUCAUCUGGUUUUAGUUCUAGAUCUAGGCCUGAAUGUUCCUUAAGUGUAGUUUGACUGAUGAUCGUUCGUCCAACAUUCGACAUCAUAUCGAAUCAUCUUGUACAACACCUACACUCAUUUCUAGCAAUGAUUCCGUGAAUAUCAAUAUAGCACGCACGGAUAUGGUUAGUGCAAAAUCGAGCAAUUUCACACAUUGUAAGAAAUGCCGGACAAUUGUGUAGCUUACACACAAACAGUACACGGAAGAUACAGCUAAAAGCGCCAAAGAGAGAUCUCGAAAAGUAUCGAAUAUCAGUUCGUGGGCAGAGGCAAACGGCUCGGUUUCCAAUAUGGACCCAUUCAUUGUUCCGUUUCAUUUAGAUAUUAUUCUUUCCCUUUGAAAACAAUACGACUGCACCGCACCAACCCCACCAACAUGGAAGAACAAAUGAAAGAAUCGAUCGAUUUGGAAUCUAUGUGCAAUAAUUACAAUGAGCUUAGGUUUUCCGUUGAUUCAACAAACAAAUAAAGGUAAAGCUACCUGCAGCUUUUCUUAACUACAUAAACGGUUGAUUUUCUGAAUAGCAAUUCUGUCCAUAUUUUGUAUAUGUUUUUCAUAAGGAAACUUUAACUACUGUAAGUAAUUCUGUGUACUACACAAGUAAAUAGGAUACGAAAGAAAGAUAUGUAUUUAAAUUUGUAAACUACUGUUUUGCGCUAGACUAAUAGUUUCAUAAAUACACACACAAACACACAAGAACAAACAUAAAUAUAUACUUUGUAUGUGCUGUGCACAGGAACUUGACGCGAUGGAAUGAUAGAAAAAAAAGUUGGAAGAUCAAUGUAAACCUGGAAGCAGAUAAAGUAAUUUCUUAAAUUACAAAAAAAAAAUACAACAUGUUUAAUUUAGGUACCCUUUCUUCCUUGCCCCACGGAAGGCACCAGUAAAAAGUAAUGGAAAAAAGUUGCCAAUUUGUACAUUACCAUCAUUUGUCGACAUUUAGAACACAUAGAGAAAAAAAAACACGAAUCACUUAAAUCAAACGUGUUGACAUUUUAGGUAGAUGCAAGCUUUUUAAUACGACGGUAAAGAGUCACAAACAAGCAAAACAGACAAAAAAAAGUUACUAACAAUGGGUGCAAAACUGUACGAACUAACUUUUAUCUUAACCGUAGAAGAAAAUAAAGCACAUUCACACUCACAGUUCACACACCUGUA